UCUCUCUCUCUCUCUCUCUCUCUCUCUCUCUCUCUCUCUAGCUGCGAUUGAUCGAUGGAAGGAGGGGAAGCGAAGGGGCGCCGGCGGGGCGGGUUAACUGUCUUCUCGCAAGAAUACUAUGCGGUUUGCGCAUUUGGUGGAAUGCUAAGCGCUGGAACGACGCAUCUCGCAGUUACGCCACUCGAUGUCCUCAAGGUUAAUAUGCAGGUGAAUCCUGUGAAGUACAAUAGCAUCUUUUCAGGUUUAAAUAUUUUAGUAAAGGAGCAAGGUCUCUCAUUCCUAUGGAGAGGGUGGUCUGGAAAAUUGUUUGGAUAUGGUGUUCAAGGUGGCUGCAAGUUUGGGCUUUAUGAAUACUUCAAGAAAAUGUAUACGGAUUUAAUGAUAGUGCAUAAUCAAACAAUGAUCUUCUUCAUCAGCAGUGCUUCUGCUCAAAUAUUGGCAGAUAUUGCUCUUUGUCCCUUUGAAGCCGUCAAAGUUCGUGUCCAAACUCAACCUCAUUUUGCACGAGGUUUGUUUGAUGGCAUACCAAGACUCUAUGCCUAUGAAGGCUUAUCUGGGUUUUACAAGGGGCUUGGUCCACUUUGGGCUCGAAAUCUUCCAUUUUCUAUGCUCAUGUUCUCAACGUUUGAGCAUUCUGUGGACCUUUUGUAUCGUAAAAUAAUCCAGAAGAAAAGGGAGGAAUGCUCAAGAGCUCAACAACUUGGCAUUACAUGUAUAGCUGGUUACACAUCUGGCGCUAUUGGUACCAUAAUUUCAACUCCAGCAGAUAACAUAAUUGCCUCGCUUUACAAUAAAAAGGCGCACAAUGUGCUGCAGGCAGUGAAGAGUAUUGGGUUUCCAAAGCUGUUUACAAGGAGCCUUCCUGUUCGGAUUGCUCUUGUUGGACCAGUUGUGACUUUGCAGUGGUUCUUCUAUGAUUCCAUCAAGUUACUAACAGGAUUGCCCACUAGUGGAGGUAUCGUUGAUGACCGAAACUAACAAUGACCUAUGAAGAUUAUAUGAUACAGUAAGAGUGUUCCUUUUCUCCUUCUCUACCUUUCUCUUACAGCGAUGUGCCCUUCCAGGUGUUCAUUAACACUCCAGUCUCUUUAAGCCAGUACCUGCCUAAGCUUCAUAUAUUGGCAUGCAGCCUGCUUUUUAUACAACUUCUUCAUUCUGCUUCAAAUUUUCCAAAACGCUCAGCAGAAUUAAGAGAGGGUCUGUACCCUGCCAAUUUAGGAUAAAGAUGUAAUAUUUCUUUCUAGCAGUGAUGCCAUGCAUAGAAUAAUUGAACUUUUUUUUACUGGUAUCUGAAUGUAUAUAAUGACAUUAUAAUCUUUCAUAGCCAAUUCAUGAAUUACAAUAUUAUUAUGCUGCAA